AUGUCACUGCAAUCGAAUAAUUACGUCUCUGCUCGCUCAGGGAUGGCCUCCGAAGACGCAUCGGAGGUCUCCUCGAUAAAUUCUUCAUUGCCCGCAUCCUACUCUAAGGAGUUUGCUGCUGGUCCAGCGCCUCUUUCUGAUCUGCAAAGCACCAAGUCGAACGAUGGCUCAAGAGGUUUGUCUAUAACGAGAACCUUGACUAGCCGGUUUCACGACAUCAAGAAAGCGGUCGAUGACGACAACGCACAGACAGAUGAGGCUUCUGCAGACGUCAAUAAACUAUUAGAAUCGAGGUUCGACGUUGCCGACGCUCUUAGACUACAGCACAAUGAGUCACUCCAAUCAGAUUUGAACCUCCCCGCUACACAUUCCACUACUGCAGGCGCUUCCUCGUCCACGCAGUCUGUUUCUCCAUCUUCUGUUCGAAACGACACCACACGGCACAAAACCUCCAUGGACUCCAAACUUAUGAGGAACAGGCUAUGUUCAGCGUCCACCAAAGGCUCCGCCAAGGACCUCGAGGCCCAGGGAAUAUCUGAGUUCGAACCCGACGAGCCGACCGUAAAAAGAGUCUUUACCAACAAGUCUACCGGGCAGUUGGAGCUGCCUCCCGAUGGUGGGUAUGGCUGGGUCGUGACGUUCUGUGUCUUUUUGACCAUGUUCUCCACGUGGGGGUGCAACGCAUCUUUUGGUGUGGACCUGGCUUAUUAUCUGAACCACGACACUUACCCAGGCGCGUCGAAGUAUGACUAUGCCUUAAUCGCGGGUCUUACUGUGUGUCUUGGUCAAAUCCUGUCCCCUUUCGUGAUGGCCCUGAUGAGAAUAAUCGGUCUCCGGACUACCAUGCUUUUUGGUAACGCCGUCAUGCUUGCUGGAUAUAUCUUGGCUUCUUUCACAACCAAGCUAUGGCAAUUGUAUCUCACCCAGGGGGUCAUGAUCGGUUGUUCCAUAUCGCUAAUUUUUGUUCCAGCAACAACCGUCUUACCAGGCUGGUUCUUAAAGAAAAGGGCCGUUGCGAUGGGAGUCUCAUUAUUAGGCACUGGUGCCGGUGGUGUCGUAUAUGGCCUGGCCACAAAUAAAAUGCUUUCCGAUUUCGGCGAUACGAGAUGGUGUCUUCGUAUCUUGGGUAUAUCGUGUACCCUAAGUAUUCUCGUUGCCACUGCAUUAAUUAGGGAAAGGAACCCCACCCCCGCUGUCGGCUUAAGGUCAUUCCGAGCCAUGGUUGGUCAACUAAAGGCAAUGUUUUCAUUAAAAGUUAUAACAAAACCUUUCGUUUCAUUAAUUGCGCUAUGGUUCAUGUUCGCACUGUUUGCUUAUAAUCUGAUGAUUUUUACUCUAUCUUCAUAUGCAAUCUCGAAGGGUUUAUCUUCACACAACGCCUCCACAUUAACUGCCAUUUUGAAUGGUUCUCAAGCCAUUGGAAGACCUAUAAUGGGUCUUGCCGGCGACAGGUAUGGUAGAGCUAACGUAACCAUCAUUUUAACCACUUUGUUAGCGGUAUACAUGUUCGCGUUUUGGAUUCCUGCACAUACCUUCCUUCAACUGAUUUUCUUUUCAAUCAUGGUUGGCUCAUGUGUCGGUGUCGCUAACGUCAUGAACACGGUCUUGAUUGCUGAUAUGGUUAAACCAGAUGAGUUUCUACCCGCCUGGGCCUUCGUCAACUAUUGCGGUGCUCCUUUCCUGUUGGUUUGUGAAGUAAUUGCUCAAGCUUUAACUGUGGAAGACGAUAAAAGCAACCCGUAUUUACAUACGCAAAUUUUUUGCGGUUGUUGUUUCAUUGCUGCACUAAUUUUGAUUUCCAUCCUUCGUGAAUAUUCUAUUAAAUUGAAAUUAACAGAAAGACAAGCAACUACAAACGAGCAAUUACAGGAUUGGAAGACAAGUGAUUAUGACACUGAUUCUGCUAAUGAAGAUUGGAGUAAGCUGAAUAAGAGAAAAUUAAAAUAUGACCUUCUUUUGGGUCCCGGUUUAAAAAAAUACCUAAUGAGAAUGGUAUACCCAAUGAAAGUUUAA